AGGGGGCGCGGGGAGGCGGCAGCGGGCCUUACUCUGGACACCCCCGCGAGGAGAGGGGUGGGGUGACGGUGGGUUUAGGGGAGGGGGAUUGCACGGCUCCGGUAUUUGGCUGGUAAGCGAGCACCGGCCGUGGUCAGGCCUGGUCUGCCGCUCCUAGAGCGAGAGAGAGAGAGAGAGAGGGAGGCAGAGAGAGAGAAAACGACCAUUGUGGCGUGCUGGGUCGAUCGGCGGGGCAGUGCCGUGCCGGAGCCACUGGCUGCAGCGUGGGCCGACUGAGGUCGGAGCUGGUCCGGUCGCGGUUCUCUAAUGGUCUUGUUUCACCAUGGCAACCAAUAUGGAGGUGCUGGCUCAGCAGGUAGUGGAGACUCAGCAGGUGGCUGAGGUGCCAACUGUUCAGACUCCACUAUCUGAAUCUCCAGUGAUGACCAGCCCUUCACAGCGUAUCCAGAUAAUUUCCACAGACUCCUCCGUAGCUUCACCACAACGCAUUCAGAUUGUGACAGAUCAGCAAACAGGUCAGAAAAUUCAAAUAGUGACAGCAGUGGAUUCAGCUGUGUCUCCAAAGCAACAGUUCAUUUUAGCUAGUCCAGAUGGAACUGGUGCAGGAAAGGUGAUCUUGGCAGCACCUGAGACAUCUAAUGCCAAGCAGCUUAUCUUUACCACCACAGACAACAUUGUGCCAGGCAGAAUUCAGAUAGUGACAGACUCUGCUUCAGUGGAACGUCUGCUAGGAAAAACUGAUGUUCAGCGGCCCCAGGUAGUAGAAUAUUGUGUAGUCUGUGGUGAUAAAGCAUCAGGUCGUCACUAUGGUGCUGUCAGUUGUGAGGGAUGCAAAGGCUUCUUUAAAAGGAGUGUAAGGAAGAAUUUGACCUACAGUUGCCGCAGCAACCAGGACUGUAUCAUCAAUAAACACCAUCGGAAUCGAUGCCAGUUUUGUAGGCUUAAGAAAUGUCUAGAGAUGGGCAUGAAAAUGGAAUCGGUUCAAAGUGAAAGAAAGCCUUUUGAUGUGCAACGUGAAAAACCAACCAACUGUGCAGCUUCUACAGAAAAAAUCUAUAUAAGAAAAGAUCUUCGAAGCCCUCUAAUAGCAACUCCAACAUUUGUGGCAGAUAAAGAUGGGACACGGUCAGCCGGUCUUCUUGAUCCGGGAAUGCUUGUGAAUAUUCAGCAGCCUUUGAUCAGGGAUGAUGGUACAGUCCUCCUAGCUGCUGAUUCCAAGGCUGAAACAAGCCAAGGUGCCUUAGGAACACUAGCAAAUGUUGUAACAUCUCUUGCUAAUCUCAGUGAGUCGCUAAAUAAUGGAGAUACUUCUGAAGUUCAACAAGAAGAGCAAUCUGCAAGUGAGAUUACACGGGCAUUUGAUACUUUGGCUAAAGCACUUAGUUCUACAGAUGGUACAACAGCUCAUAACUUGGCAGAUGGCAUGGAUCCUACAGGAGGAGGGAAUAUUCAUGUAAUCAGUAGAGAUCAGUCAACACCAAUUAUUGAAGUGGAAGGACCCCUGCUUACAGAUACACAUGUCACAUUUAAGCUGACAAUGCCCAGUCCGAUGCCAGAGUACCUUAAUGUACACUACAUCUGUGAGUCAGCAUCACGACUCCUUUUCCUCUCUAUGCACUGGGCUAGGUCCAUACCUGCAUUUCAAGCUCUUGGGCAGGACUGUAACACCAGCCUUGUGCGUGCCUGCUGGAACGAGCUGUUCACCUUAGGCCUGGCCCAGUGUGCACAGGUGAUGAGUCUGUCCACUAUCCUGGGAGCGAUUGUCAACCACCUCCAGAACAGCAUCCAGGAAGAUAAACUUUCUGGAGACAGAAUAAAGCAAGUCAUGGAACACAUCUGGAAACUUCAGGAGUUCUGUAACAGCAUGGCCAAGCUUGAUAUUGAUGGAUAUGAAUAUGCAUACCUUAAAGCUAUAGUCCUUUUUAGCCCUGAUCACCCUGGUCUGAGCAGUUCAACCCAAAUAGAAAAAUUCCAGGAGAAGGCACAGAUGGAAUUGCAGGACUAUGUACAAAAAACCUAUCCAGAAGAUACUUAUAGGCUAGCCCGGAUCCUAGUUCGCCUGCCAGCACUCAGGCUGAUGAGCUCUAGCAUCACCGAGGAACUGUUUUUCACAGGUCUCAUUGGAAAUGUUCCCAUUGACAGCAUAAUCCCCUACAUUCUCAAAAUGGAAACAGCAGAAUAUAAUGGUCAAAUAACUGGCACGUCUGCAUAGAGGGAACAAUAUAAUUUGAGGGAUUGAAGUAAUUUUCACAAAAACUAUUUAAUUACAAAGUUAAAAGAGUAGUGUUUUCGGUAUGUGCAGGUAAUUCCAACUUGUUAUCAGUUUCCUGACAGAUUUCUCCUUGUCUUUUUCUGAUGUUGACAAAAUUUAAAGCAACUAUUAAAAGACCUGCUAUAGGACCUUUCCUGCUACAAGGAAUGUUUUUGAUGCCUUUCAUUUAAAAGGCCGUAGGUUACUGAACAUACUUUUCACAUGCUUUGUAUUUAGAAACUGUCAGUGGUUAAAAAGACUUUAUAAUAUCAGAGUAGUAAUGAAAUUACUUUAAAAAGAACAGUAUGUAUAUAUUUUAAAAUAUCCUUGGAAUGAAUGUCUAACAAAUGCCAGGGUAUAAUACUAGCACUUUGUAAUCACUUUUUGUCAGAGCAACAGCAUCAUCGACAUCCUGCUUAUGAGUAUGGAAAAAAUGCAUAUGUCCUUAAUCAAAAUGCUAGUGAUUUUUGUAAAAAUGUAGAAUGCUAAAGGAGACAAUCAUUUAAUCUACAGAAAGUCACUUGCUGUUAUGUUAUGCAUGAAAUAUUAAUGUGGAUUCUUAAAUCAGAUAUCCACAUUAUAUGAAACUGCAUCUGUUAAAUUAGUGCAGUUGUAAUACACAGUACAGUGCAGUCAUAGUUACUAUUAUGUACUACAGGAGUUCCCCACAUUAGAGAAAAAAAUUGUCACAAUAAUGAUUAAAUAUGCAGGUUCCUUAAAGUGUCUAUUCAGACAAACGCAAUCAUGACAAAUGUUAUUCUAAGAAGCCUUUUGACUUCGGGGCAGGCAAAUCAGUCAUUAAGUGGAAGAGCAGUAAUUUUCAAAUAGAGCUGUGUGAUGCUCUUUGAGUAUGCUCUUGGUAUGCUCCAAAUUUACUCCUCCUCUCUGUGUUCUGAACACCCUCAUAAUGUAACCACAGGGUACAAUUUAAGACCUGAAAUGUACAGAACCUCUGGUUGUCAGCAGAGACAGAAAGAAAAGUUCUCUCACUCUAUUUCUCCCUCCCUCACUGAGUGCUCCCAUUUUUCCAGUGUUCUCAACUUUCCUGUCACUCAGUUUGAAACCAAAAUAUAGUUAGGAUUUACUCUCAUUCAUGUACAAUUGCAGUUGAUGACUGAUACACUAUGGAGAUAGAAAAUGAGCUGUUUUUUAAUUGUCUCAAGUGAUGAGCCAUCAACAUGCUUGCUAGUAGUACUGGCCAUUAGCUGCUAGCAUAGGUUUCAUUUUAAUAUAAUUUAUUAUUAUGGCUGUUCAAUUUUUUAAAAUCAAAGAUUUUUUUAAGAAAUCAUAGCAAUUAAUACCUUCAUCUGAUUCUGGUUCAUUAGAUGCAUUAAUUAUUUUAAGGUUUUUUUGUGUUAGAGGUGUUCUUACUUUCAUAGUUUUAUGUGACAAAACUUAUCUAAUGAUACCUUCAGCACUUUGGUUUUUCUUCUGUUAUUGUUAUUUUUUUAGAAACAUCAACUAGGUUGGUCUUUGAGACUUUUCAGAGUCUAAAUUGUAACCAAAAGACCUUAAGCAGCUUUAGAUGAGGCUUCUAAAGUAAUAAAAAGACCUUGUAUACUUCAUGCUUAUUAGCUGACAUUUGUAGCACUUACUGUGACACAAAAGACUAUUUAAUUUUAGCUUCUGUAUGCAUUAAAAUCUACAGUUACUAUUUUUAGCACAUUCAGAAUCUUCUUUUCUCAGAAGGGUAUUACAGAGUCCACACCAACUAUCUUUUUCUUGACAAAAACAUCAUUUCAACUUCCAAUUUUUCAAGUAAAAGGGCCCCAUAUUUUUGUGUGAUAAUCUGUAACUUUUAUUACUCGUGAUCAUAACAAUUCAGAAAAUAAGAUAAAGGCAUUAUAGCUUUUUGGGAACAAAGGGAUCACAUGAAAUAUAAUGUAAAAUGUAUGCCUUGCAUUACAUAUGUAAAUUGAAACAAAAAAUAUCAUGCAGCCCUGUUUCCAAAUAAACUACACUCCCCACAAAUGCAAGGCCACAUAAUGAUAUCCUUGCUCAAACCCUGGUAGUUAUUUACUUUGCAAAUGGUUAUUAAAGAGCUUAUUAGGGAUAAAAUAUUGAUUUGUGUAAUAUGAGUAACAACCAUGCAAUCCAUAGUUGUGGAUGCAUUUAAUGAAAUGAAGCAGUUCCAUCCUGAAGAUUUGGAUAUUACCACCUAAAAGCUAUAAAGCCCUCUCUGUGUAGCAUCAUUAGCCUGAUUUGCUGGCUUGCAGAGCUCAGAACCAGGCUACUUAGGUCUGAUGCCAUUAACAAAAAGUACUCUCUCUAACUAUACAAGUAUUUUGAUUCCAAGACUAACAUCUUGGAUUGUAGAAAUUUGAACAUACGUGGAGGCCUGGGCUAUUUCCUCCCCAGGGAAAGGACUUUGUGCUUUCCCUCUUACAACUUCACAAGGUUCCUGUUGGCCGGUUUUGCAAGCCCGUCCCAAUCCCUCUCAGUGGCAGCAGGAGUCUGUGAUGCACACAGUGCAGCUGCUCUGCACUGCCUCUGCACAAAGUAGUGCAACACCAGCACAGUUCUUGGAAUUUCUGAGGUUUGUUCCGUCCCUCCUGCAAUGACUGGAAGAUGGUAAAAGGCUAAUCUUAGCAUUUUUACUGUUAAAUAAGUUUCCAUUUUUUUUUCUCCUUCCAAAGUGCAAACUUUUCCAUAUGAAUAUGGGACAGGAGAGUUUGGUUUUUUUUUUGGUAACAAUUAUUGAAGGACUAUUUUUUUAGUAUUAAAUACUGAAAUAGUUUUCAUAGAGGUGAAAUUUAAAUGCCAAAUUUGUAUUUACAGAACUUGGAGUCAAAGUAUCACAGUCACAAAGUGAUUUUAAGAAAAGUUCAUCUCACUGAAGCUCUACUUAGUGCCAGAAUUUAUUCUCUUCAGAAUUUCUGAGAGUCUAUUUCUGCUGCUCUUGAAAUGAAAAUAUUUUAACUUGGCAGAAAUAGAGUAAUAAAUUAUCUGACUAGAUUUAUCUGAACCUAAGCAAAUGUAUAAUUAUCACAAUUCAUUCAGACAAAUGUUAGAAUUCUGUGCUGACUGAGACUGGGGCAUGAUAAUGAAGCAAUGCAGAAAAGUGAUAAUGAGGCAGUAAUGUCCAUUGAGCUUCAUUUGUUUUCCAACUCUUAUGCAAAGGAACUGGAUUGAAUUUUGUAGAUAAAAAGCAUUUGGGACUAGCUUUGUCGUAAUGAUUAUAAUUGCAUUUGUAACAAAUGUAGGAAGGUAUACUCUUCCCUUUAUUUACUUACAUUGAACUAUAGUCAGAACUAAGGUCAUGUGCAAAAGUAAUCUCUUUCUGCCUAUUUACCUUGCUUAUAAAUUAGCUGCAAUGCUUUUGGUGUCUGUUGAGUUACUCUGGCAUGAAACUGGUAGAAGAGGAAAAAAUUAUCUCCAAGGAGAGAUCCUUCUAAGAAGUCUUUACAAGGCUUUCUUUUAGCUGCCUUAAAAUGUUAGAUUAUUAAGAAGGCUUAGUUUUCAUAGGACUCUGGGGCAAGAAACUAUUGUUGCUGUCCGCUGAUUAGCUGGUGUCAUUUGCCAAGUCUCCUUUCAGCAUCUCCUUUCAGCCCUUGGCUCCCCCGAGAGCCGCGAUGCCUCUGGGGAGGAGCUCUGGCCGCAGGUCAGUGUGCAGAAUGCAGCCGCCCUGCACCGCCGCUCCCGCCCCUCUGGCAAAGGGUGCCUUCCAGGCUGCGCUAGAGAAACCGAGGCAGGGCUGCAGCUCCCAGAUGAAAUCAGUUUCCUGACUCUUGUUUCUCCUUUGGCAGAGACUGUAAAACACUUGUGUGGUUUUUUAAUUGUUCUGUAUAGUACACAGGACUCACAGAUUCCUGAGUUAUUUCAUUCAGGAUACUGCAGGUGUCAGUAGAUUUUCCUGUCCGUCAAAGUUCAGACAGUACUUCAGAUUAUUUCCUGAUUACCUGCUAUUUAAUUAGCAAAAGGCAAUUAAAAAAAAUAGCACCAAAUAGCACGACUAGCAAAGGGUUUCAGAAAUACUGUUUAACCAGGAAGACAGAAGUGGAAGUGAAUGGGCUGAGGGUGCUGCCCAAGCAGUGACAAAGUAGCUUCUUGCACUAACAGCAUCAGUCAGGGCCCAGUUUGAAUCAGGUGGAGUGAGCAGAGGAAUUGCUAGGUCAGUCAGACACGCAGGUGUACUGGCACAUAUCUACUGGAUGAUACCAUCCUGAAAAGAACAAAUUGAUUUUCUGUUUGAGAUCCCUUUCUGGUUACUCUUACUAGUCCAAAACCAGGGGAGGUUGAAGUUUUCUUUCACCUACUCCAUAAGAGGAAAAGCAGAAAUGCCAGCAAACACAGGCGAAUUCCCACCUGUUCCCAGGGUUUGCCACACUGGCCAUACAGCAGCAGAAGAGCUUUUGCAGUAGUUGAGUCUGCUGGUAAGCACGGGCCAGCUGUGACAGCAGCAGACAACAACUGCAGUCCUAACACCUUCAACUGUGCAGGAGGGAUCAGCCAAAUGAGGGCGUGAUAACCCUAGAGAGGAGAGUGAGAGGCAGAGGAAGGACAAAUUGCCAGCAUCUACUGGUUCUUGAAUGACUUGGAAAUCAGUUUAGAUACAGUUUUAUAUGAAAAAAUACCAACAGGGGAUGGCAAAGGAGAGACAAUGAAAACAUUUACCUUUUGCACCUUUUAAUUCUAAAGUUGCUGAGUCAUUUUAACAGUAAAUACUCCUGAAUUAAGUUCAGGCUUAUUUUUUCAUGCCAUUAACUCUUCUUGUUAGAGACUGCUACAACCCUACUUCAGCUGCAAUCAGUGUUAUCAAUAUAUAGGAAAUUAUUUGUGAAAAAAAUACCAUUAUUUAUACUGGAGUUACAAGUUAAAGAAAAAUAUUUGUAAAGUUUAGAUGCUCUAAGUUUAAACAUUUAAAGUUUAGAUGUUUUUUUUAUUGUGAAGUCAUGCUAAGUUCAUUAUAGGUAACACUGUUGUAAUGUUUCAUAAUUCCCACAACCUGUUCAAUCCUCUGAGUUACAUGAAUGCUUUGAAAUAAGCAAUGGCUUAUUAUUGUUAAAUUCCUGCCUGUCUUCUUUCUUUUUAAAGGGUUUGAUAGAGUUGUACACAUCUAUUUUGUGCCUCCCACCAUUGUGCAUUUCUGCAUGUUCAAUUCUAGAAUUUACUUGAGCAGCUGAUGCAUAUGUACAUAGCUGUAUGUAUGUGUGUAUUAAUGUACAUGUUUAUACCUCUCUGUCUAAAUAUAUUCUGUACAGUGUAUAGAAAAUAUGUAGUGUAUGUAUAUAUGUACAGAUACGGAGCCAUUAUUCACCCGUUCUAUGUACUAAUGUUUUUUAUUCAUUUGCUAAUCCAGAGCUUCCUAAUUUGGUGAAUCCUCACAAAUUUCAGAGCUUUGCACCUUUUUUCUAAACGAGUCUGAAUUCACUAUUUGCUGUUCAAAACUGACAAAUAUAUUCCAUUAAUUUUCUGGCUUUUACAUUAUUCUCUUUCCCUUUUCUCAUUUGACCUAUAGAAGUCUGCCAGUCAAUACUUAAUUGAGCAUAUAAUGCCUGUUAAAAGUAAUGAAUAAAUAACUAUAGUCAUAGAAGAUAUUCCCCUGUUCAUUAUAUACUCAUUCUCUUCCAGCCUCCUGAGAUACUUUUGUAAAGUUUAUUUUUUUGUGCAGCUUGGUAAGAGACUCAUCUUUUGCUUUUAAGUCUUCAUCUGCGGUGAAUUGAAAGUAAACCAAGUUACCAUUUAUCACUGAAGUGCAGCACACAGAACAAGAGGUAAUGGAUGCUGUUUAAUAAAUCAAUAUUCAUAUUGUCAUGGUGAUCACAUGAAACCAACCUGUGAGUUAAGAGACUCUGUGCUCUAUUCAGCGAAACAGCAGCUCGGAUUUUCACAAUGCACUUCAAUUAUAUAUUCACUUUCCAAAGUUUUUUUCUUUAUUUUCCGGCCUAAACUGAGCACAGCUAGUUGCUUGAUUUAGUUGUCAGAGUAAUGCCCCUUCCCACAUUCUGUCCUUUCCCGGGUCUGGAAUCUGUGCAGCUCCUGCACUGCCUGUGACAGUCCCACUGUCCGUGUGGGACCUGAGCACACAGUUAGGAAGUGAGAUGUGGAGUAAGACAAUUUCUUAUUCAUAAUGAGGAUUCAAACAUUUACAUGAUCAAAGUAUAAACGGUCUUGGUUUCUCUCCCUUCUGAUGAAGUUAAAAAGGAAGCCUUCCAUAAAGUAAAUCUGUUAAUUGUGGGUUUUUAUA